GACAGAUUGACGUUUUCCUAUGAUAUCAUGUUGGUCCAGCAGUUACUGUACCUGCCAUUUGACUUGGCUGUGAGACAUGUAUGCUACUUUCUCACAAACAGACAAGCAGGUAGAUAGACAGAUGCCAAACUGAAUUCAAUUUAAAAAAAAAACUCGAUUAGAAGAAGUAGGAGGGGACACGGUGACCGAUUACCAUCCGUUCCCGCGUUCCGGUGGACAUCUCUGUUUCUGCCUCGCGCGUGCCAGCACAGUUAGUCAGAGAGCUCCGAUACUACCGGAGAGAAAGAGAGAGAGAGAAAGCGAGAGAGAGAGAGAGAGAGAGAGAGAGAGAGAGAAAGCGGACAGGGAGAGCUCGCGGAACGGAAACCACUCUAUCCUCCCGGUGUAAUACCGGAGUCUUGAGAUUCCUCCCUGCGCGAAGUCAGUUGGAAGUCGAAGACCGAGCAGCCGUUGGUCACUCACACACCGAACCGAGGAAGAAGGGAGAAAAUAACAGUUUUUAUUAUCUUUCUGUCAGUUAGAUGCGAAUUAUAAGGAGGCAGACAUUUAAACUUGUGACAGACAGAAGAAUAGUUUAUCUCUCUCAAAUUAACCCUGCUACCGGGGGGUUAACACGACGGCUGUCCGUUUCGACAUGGACAAAGUUAUGCACCGUCUCUUGGCUGCUAUCAGCUUGCUUGUGACGAUACGAGGACAAGUCUAUAAAGGUGAUUGUGACUUUGACAAGCCGUUUGCAGCCUGCGGGUACAGCCAGGGGAGAGAGGACGAUCUAGAUUGGGAACAGGCCAACACCAGAGCGAAGCCCACAGCAGACCCAUGGAUGCCAACGGAUUCAGCCUUCAUGAUGGUCAACACGUCGGGACGUUUUGCUGGUCAGAAAGCCCUCCUCCUGACCCCUCAGCUGAAGGAGAAUGACACCCACUGCGUAAUCUUCGAGUACUUCCUGUCUGGGCGCGAGGGGGCGGGACCGGGGCAGCUCAACGUGUACAUCAGAGAGAACAACAGUCCCCUGGGCAUGCCCGUCUGGAACGUGUCUGGGCCAGCUACUAGAGCCUGGGUAGAGGUAGAACUGGCCAUCUCUACCUACUGGCCCAACUUCUAUCAGAUGGUGUUUGAAGUGGUGACCUCCGGCCACCGCGGCCUGCUGGCCAUCAAAGAUGUGGUGCUGCAGGGCCACCAGUGCAUGAACACGCCUCACUUCUUGACCAUAAAGGGUGUAGAGGUGAACGCUGGGCAGACGGCCGCAUUCCACUGUACUGUCAACGGACGGCAGAGAGACACCUUCAACCUCUGGUUACAGGGUAUUGGUGGACGCGAGGCCCCUAUGAAGUCCACUAAGCCGUGGAACAACCGACGCUUCAUCGGGACCUUCGACGUGGAAAACACCACUAAGGGAGAUUCUGGACGCUACCGAUGUAUUGUCCAUUCUGACAAUGGGGUCGGGGUAUCCAACUAUGGAGAACUCACCAUAAAACAGCCUCCGGUGCCCAUCGCUCCCCCGCAGCUGACAGCGGUCGGCGCCACCUACAUGUGGAUCCAACUCAACGCUAACUCUAUCAACGGAGACGGGCCAAUCAUCGACCGAGAGGUGGAGUACCGUACCGUGUCAGGGACCAUGUAUGACCUGCAGCCAGUGGACAAGACCACUCAUAAGAUAGGUCACCUGACCCCAGACACAGACUAUGAGAUCAGUGUGCUGUUGACCAGGCCCCUGGAUGGAGGGACUGGGGCCCCCGGGCCUCCUCUCAGGGCCAGGACCAAGUGUGCUGAGCCAAUCCACGGUCCCAGGCGUCUAGAGGUAGUUGACGUCCAAUCUAAACAAGUCACCAUUCGCUGGGAACCGUUUGGCUACAACGUGACGCGUUGUCAUAGCUACAACCUGACGGUGCAGUACCGCUCCCGCGUGGCGGGGAAGGACGAGACCCGGGAGGAGGUGUGUUACGACACCCUGGGUCGCGACCCCCAGCACACCAUCCACAACCUGACCCCUUACACCAACCUGUCAGUUAAACUGGUCCUCAAGAACCCAGAGGGGGUCAAAGAGAGCCGAGAGAUGGAGCUACAGACGGAUGAAGAUGUACCUGGGGCGGUCCCUCUGGAGUCCAUCCAGGGCAGUGCUUAUGAAGAGAAGAUGAUCCUGAAAUGGAGAGAACCAGCCCAGACCUACGGAAUCAUCACUCAGUACGAGAUCUCCUUCAAGGCAGUGAGCUCCUUUGAUCCUGAGCUAGAUCUAUCCAACCAGAGUGGGAAAGUCCUGAACCACGUCAACGAGAGCAGCCACAUCUUCCUGGGUCUCUACCCAGGAUCCACCUACUCCUUCACUCUCAGAGCCUCCACCGCCAAGGGCUAUGGCCCCCCAGUCAUCACACAGUUCACCACCAAGAUAUCAGCUCCCUCCAUGCCAGCCUAUGACCAGGAGACAUCUCUGAACCAGACAGACAGCACAGUGACUGUCCUGCUGAAACCUGCACAGAGCCGAGGGGCACCUGUCAGUGUAUACCAGGUGGUGGUAGAAGAGGAGAGGCCUCGGAGGGCGAGGAGGGGUGCGGUUGAGAUUCUCCGCUGUUACCCUGUCCCCAUCCACUUCCAGAACUCCACGGUCCUAAACUCCCAGUACUACUUCACAGCUGAGUUCCCCGCCGUGGGGCUACAGGCUCCUCAACCCUUCACUGUGGGAGACAACAAGACCUACGGUGGAUACUGGAACGCCCCCCUACUGCCGCAGAAGAGCUACAGCAUCUACUACCAGGCUGUCAGCACGGCUAACGGGGAGACCAAGAUUGACUGUGUCCGAGUCGCCACCAAAGCUGCCAUACUGGUGACUCAGCUCACUACUCCGUACAUCCGCAUCGCGCCAGCGGCUGGUGACGACCAACUAACAGGAGAGGCCACUCAUAAGCCUGACGCAGUGGAGCCGGAGAAACAGACAGACAACACAGUGAAGAUAACCGGCGUCAUCGCUGGCAUCCUCCUCUUUGUCAUCAUCUUCCUCGGAGUCAUCCUCCUCCUGAAGAAAAGAAGAACCUACCACUCCUACACUUACUACCUGAAGUUGGCUAAGAAGCGUAAGGAGACGUUGAGCAGCACUCGACAGGAGAUGACAGUGAUGGUUAACUCUAUGGAUAAGAGUUAUACGGAGCAAGGGACAAACUGUGACGAGGCCUUGUCGUUCAUGGACACACACAGCCAAACCCUCAACACCAGGAGUGAGUGUACCCUCACCCUCAAUGGCCGUAGCGAGUGCACCCUCGCCGUCAAUGGCAGAACUGCGUCGUCCCCCUCCUCUUUCACCCUGAAUAAGUCUAAUACUCUCAGCUCAACACUCCCCAAGUCCUACUACCCAGAUCCCUUUGUGCCAACUGCUAUCUUAGUGCCCAUAAAUGGUAAGUCGCCAGCCCUCCCUGGUCCUGGUCUUGGUUUGAGGAAGGAGGUGGUAUCACAGGAACACACAGAUACCAACGAGAGCCAGACGAUGGGUGGUGGUGGUAGUAGCUGCAGUGACACCAGUAGCCUGGUCCAGUCUCACGGCCACUCCCUGAGAAAGAGAGAGGGGACUGUAGACGCGCCCUACCAGACAGGCCAGCUCCACCCUGCUAUCCGAGUAGCCGACCUGCUGCAGCACAUCACACAGAUGAAGUGUGCGGAGGGAUACGGCUUCAAGGAGGAGUACGAGAGCUUCUUUGAGGGACAGUCCGCUCCGUGGGACUCCGCUAAGAAAGAUGAGAACCGGAUGAAGAACCGAUAUGGGAACAUCAUUGCAUAUGAUCACUCCAGAGUCAGACUUCAGCCCCAGGAGGGAGAGCAGAACUCUGAUUACAUUAAUGCAAAUUACGUUGAUGGCUACCACAGGCCGAACCAUUACAUCGCUACCCAAGGUCCCAUGCAGGAGACGGUGUUUGACUUCUGGGGGAUGGUGUGGCAGGAGAACACUGCUGCUAUCGUCAUGGUCACCAACCUGGUGGAAGUGGGCAGGGUGAAGUGCUGUAAGUACUGGCCGGACGACACAGAGAUCUACAGAGACAUCAAGGUGACGCUCGUAGAGACGCAGCUACUGUCAGAGUACGUCAUACGGACCUUCGCUGUGGAGAAGAGAGGAGCCCAUGAGAUCCGGGAGAUCCGUCAGUUCCACUUCACAGGGUGGCCGGACCACGGGGUGCCCUACCACGCUACUGGCCUCCUGGGCUUCGUACGUAGGGUGAAGGCCAAGACACUCACCAUCGCUGGACCCAUGGUCAUCCACUGCAGCGCGGGGGCGGGCCGAACGGGCUGUUUCAUAGUGAUUGACAUCAUGCUGGACAUGGCAGAGAGAGAGGGCGUGGUGGACAUCUAUAACUGUGUCAGAGAGCUGCGUUCCAGGAGGGUCAACAUGGUGCAGACAGAGGAGCAAUAUGUCUUCAUCCACGACGCCAUCUUGGAGGCGUGUCUUUGUGGUGACACCACCAUUCCAGCCAAUCAGCUGCGCUCGGUCUACUAUGAGAUGAACCGAUUGGACCCCCAGACCAACUCCUCCCAGAUCAAAGAGGAGUUCAGGACUCUGAACAUGGUGACUCCUACGUUGCGUGUGGAGGACUGUAGUAUCGCCCUGCUCCCCAGGAACCAUGAGAAGAAUCGCUGUAUGGACGUCCUUCCUCCUGACCGCUGUCUGCCCUUCCUCAUCACCAUCGACGGAGAGAGCUCCAACUACAUCAACGCUGCUCUUAUGGACAGUUAUAAGCAGCCGUCAGCCUUCAUCGUGACCCAGCAUCCUCUGCCCAACACGGUGAAGGAUUUCUGGAGGCUGGUGUUGGAUUACCACAGUACCUCCAUAGUGAUGCUCAAUGAUGUUGACCCUGCACAGCUCUGUCCUCAGUACUGGCCAGAGAACGGGGUGCAUCGCCACGGGCCAAUCCAGGUGGAGUUUGUAUCAGCUGACCUGGAGGAAGACAUAAUCAGUAGAAUAUUCCGGAUCUACAACGCAGCACGGCCUCAGGACGGGUGCCGUAUGGUCCAACAGUUCCAGUUCCUGGGUUGGCCCAUGUACCGAGACACGCCCAUGUCCAAACGCUCCUUCCUCAAGCUCAUCAGACAGGUGGACAAAUGGCAGGAGGAGUAUGAUGGAGGAGAGGGACGCACGGUGGUGCACUGUCUUAACGGAGGAGGCCGCAGUGGGACGUUCUGUGCCAUCAGCAUCGUGUGUGAGAUGUUACAGCAUCAACGUUCGGUAGACGUUUUCCACGCCGUCAAAACACUGAGGAACAACAAACCCAACAUGGUCGACCUGCUGGACCAGUACAAGUUCUGCUAUGAAGUGGCUCUGGAGUACUUGAACUGUGGAUAAACAGCAGUCUCAGUCUGGACGCAGAACUGUGGACGACACCGAUUUUUUUUUUAACUUUAUCGACAAGACUGCAGCAUAGACAAGACCUGUGUUUUUCACGAUCAAACAACAGGAGCAGGAUGAACACGCCUCCACAAGUACACACACACACACACACAGCUCUGUCUUUCUUAGCUUGAUCAGCUGGUUCCACACACACACACAGCUCUGUCUUUCUUAGCUUGAUCAGCUAGAUGAGAAGGUAACAGAGGUGAGGUGUACUGUAGUCUCUAUGUAGUUCCACCAGUAUCUGAUCUGCUACCCGGAGGAUUCAGGAGCACAAUGUUCUACUCUGCAGUGUGUAACGUCUUAUCUGGAAUCCUUGCCCUGACUCAAAAUCAACCCCUACACCCUACACCCUAGCCCCUACACCAUAGCCCCUACACCCUAGCCCCUACACUCUAGCCCCUACACCCUAUCCCCUACACCCUAGCCCCUACACCCUAGCCCCUACACCCUAGCCCCUACACCCUAGCCCCUACACCCUAGCCCCUACACCCUAGCCCCUACACCCUAGCCCCUACACCCUAGCCCCUACACCCUAGACCAUUUCACCAGGUCAAAUUCCUCGUACAUGUAAAUCAGGGUUUCUUGAAAGACGGAAAAACAAUCCCAACUUUUUUAUCCCAAAUAUUUUUUUCUUCAUGAUAACGACAUUAUUAAAUAUAUAUUGUAAUAAACCAAAGUAUUAGCUAUCACAUCUUUGUAAAAGAACAGCCUCCUAAUUAUAACCCCUUUUGUGCAUAAAAUACAACUUGAUGUCAACUCCUUCAGACACCAUAAAAGGCAGUUUAUUUUUUACUGUCCAACGAGUGUCUUGAUUGUUUCAUUGUAACAUCAGCUGAUUUAAUUAUGUAAUACCGAUCUCUAUGUCUUUAUGUGUUUUGUUUUGUAUAAUUCUCCAGGGUUCAUUUUUUAAUUAGCAUUUUAGCAUGUUUUUCUAGAUUUAGAAAAUAAAACAAGAUUUAUAAAGUAAGCUUUAUCCUGUUUUUAGCAUAUUUUGCAGUACUAUUAAUAACAUAUUGUUUCAGAAUAUAAAAUAUAAUAUAUAUAUAUUCAUAUAUAUGUAUACUGUAUAUGUCUUAAGUGAGAUAGCAAUAAGUGACAGAGUUGACAAGUAACUGUCGGUGGUGACAACAGAUACUCAGAACAGACAUUUAUUUGUCUAUAAAAAAAAUUAAGUUCUAAAAUUUGUAAAAUUAUUUAUUUGAAAAAAUCCCGAUCAAAAACAUGAUCAGAUCUUUCUCUGACGGAGUUGACCAAUUGCAUGUUUCUUCCUAAUUUAUUCAAGUGGUAUAGUACGUAGCAAUUUAGUUUUUCUCUCGAUUGCUUUUUGGCUCUAAAACCUAAUUAAAUGUAAUCGAUUUGAACCAAAAAUCAUAUUCUAUAUUAAUCUAGAAGGUUGAUGGAGUUGACUGGUUGUGACCAUGGUGGUGGAGG